GUCCAAAGCCGUCCAAUGAUCAUUCAUCACGGGACGCACGCUCUGCCCAUCUAUUCCCGUCCUUGUCAAUCGUGCUGCAGAGCCAUCUUCUCUCGCCUUCUUCUGUCCCCAUGCCUCGGCAGCGAAUGCCGUAUAUAAGAACUCGGGUCAUUAGCAGGGAUGGUGAGGGCAUCACCGCGUCGUCCAUCCCCAACCUGUUCGCUUUCGUGCAGGAGCUCUAGAGCACACACAGUGGCCAUAGCUUCACGUCCACACACGCAGUCUUAUCAUGUCCUUUGUGCUCCUCACGCUCGCGCUCGCCGGCCUUGCUGCUGCCUCUCCGGCUCCCAUCCGCCGCCAGAGCAUUACCGCACUCGGCCAGUCCACGAUUGACGGCUUCACGCCGUACACGUGGUACGCCUCCGCCGGAUACUGUGCACCUAGUGCAACGCUCGCCUGGAACUGCGGUACGAACUGUGACAACAACCCCUCCUUCGAGCCAAUCGCGUCAGGCGGCGACGGCGACUCGGUGCAGUACUGGUACGUCGGGUACGACCCGACGCUCGGCGAGAUCAUCGUCGCGCACCAGGGCACGGAUCCGUCCGAGUUCGAGUCGGACCUCACGGACGCGGACUUCUUCCUCGAGCAGCUCAACACCAACUCGACGCUGUUCCCGGGCGUCAGCGACUCGAUCGAGGUGCACAACGGGUUCUUGGCGGAGCAGGCGCUCACUGCCGACGCGGUCCUCGCCGCCGUCCAACAAGGCAUGUCCCAGUACUCCACCACCGCCGUCACACUCGUCGGCCACUCGCUCGGCGCCGCCCUCUCUUUACUCGACUCCGUCUACCUGCCCCUGCACCUCCCCUCGGGCACGUCGUUCAAGACGCUCAACUACGGCCUCCCGCGCGUGGGCAACCAGGCGUUCGCGGACUACGUCGACGCGAACCUCCACCUGACGCACAUCAACAACGAGGAGGACCCGAUCCCCAUCGUCCCGGGUAUGUUCCUCGGGUUCGUGCACCCCGCCGGCGAGGUGCACAUCGAAGACGUUGGCGAGUGGGCGAGCUGUCCUGGCCAGGACAACCCAAGCACGCAGUGCAUUGUCGGUGACGUGCCCAACGUUUUCGAUGGCACGUUGAGCGACCACGACGGACCCUAUAAUGGUGUCACCAUGGGUUGCUGAUGGAAUAUUUGUUGUUCUAAAUCUGGGCAUACUCUUUUUUUCUUGGUUAACAGGUGGAAGCUUUUACCGAUACUUCGUGUAACAUAUGUAUUGGUGGUGUCUCUUGUACUCAAGUGGUUCGUUGUCUCCAUUGUAGACCUGAAUGUAUUAUUAUUUCGCG